GACACGACAAGCCACUCGCUUCCAAAAAGUGGGCACCAAAUCGGCUUACCCCUCCGCUUCCUUUGGAACUCGAAACGUCAAACCGGUCGAACUGACGUUUCCCUGAAAAAAAUGAUAAAAUCAGCAGCACUGCUACUUUGACAUUUAGAAAUGUCAUUUUUUGUUUGUUUUUCGCAACGUCGUCAAAUUCCUUCCCAACCUGGUUCUUUUACUCCGGAAUGGAAUUAUAUGGCCACGGUGGCCACUCAAACGAAUCUCGGAUGAUUACGCGUUGUUGGCCAAUUUAAGGAUAAGAUCACCGACUUUAGGACGGAUUCGGCUGUCGCUGCGGGAGCGGGCGUCGGAGUGACCGUACGGGUCGGAAGAGGAGAGCGACGAGGAACGUGAUGGACGAAGGAGAUCAACGGAAUGAUUCACGCGGAAAAUCUCGGCAGCAACGAGGAAGGCAAGAAGAUUAUUCUGUUCUGGACGAUGCUGGCUUCGUUGCAGAGCGUAAGUGAGAUUGAUAUUCGCGAAAAGGCCGAUCCGUUCCUGGCGAAGAUCUUGCACCAGCUGGACACGGGACAGCAAGAGUUGGAUGAUUACGAUGGUGAAAAGAGAUCCCAUCUGAUGGCAAACAAACGGUGCCAGUUGCCAAAAAGAAGUUUCUGCGAACAGCGCAAGGGUUACGAAAAAGUUUACGUGCCGGCGUUAAAGCCAAAACCCUCCGAAGAGGCAAUGGGACUGAUGGUCAUCGGUAAGCAGCUCAAGUACGUGCAACCCGUGUUCGCUGGCUUCAAAACGCUCAACAGAAUCGAAAGUCGCCUGUACAAGACGGCCCUCGAGAGCGAUGUAAAUCUGCUACUUUGCGCCUCAACUAGUGCCGGUAAAACGAACGCAGAUUUGCCACCAUGAUGCGCGAAAUCUUAAGCACAUCAACGACGACGGAACGAUCAACGUGGACGAGUUCAAGAUUAUCUAUAUCGCGCCGAUGCGAUCGCUCGUACAGGAAACAGUGGGUAACUUUGGCAAACGCAUCGCGACUCUGACGCGUGUCCAAGUUGACCGGACAUCAUCAGCUUAGUCGGGAACAGAUUGCCUCAACGCAGUUUGCUCGCCGGAAAAGUGGGACAUCAUCGGCAGAAAGCGCGGCGAAAAAAGUACACCAAGCUGUGUAGCAGCUUGACCUGCAGGGCAUGACGGAGGCUAGCACACCGGUCGUAGAGGUCUGCCAAAGAAACUGCGGGUAGAUUAUCCUGUGACUGACACUACGAGUAGACUGACGAUGGUCUACUCGACCAGCGAAGACGAGCGGGCUGCCCGUGCCCAAAAACGCGAUCAACGAUACCAGCAGUUGGACGAGAAAAAGAGAAGAUCAAAUAGCAGUCGGAGAAGCUGAAAGGACAGAUCAUGCUGCAGAAAAGUUGUAGCGAAGGCGAAACAACGGGAACCUACAGGUGGACGACGGAGUUUAAUAGGAAAUGGUGAUAACUGUGCGUUAAGAGGCGUUGUAGAAUGCAAUAAAAACUCCAGGGGUGGAGGGGGGGAUGUUUUCUUGACCAUGAUUCCGUUCAUAUGAUGUCCUCGGCGUACUGGUAGAGUGGUGGAACCGUUGUCGCGAUGACCCUUGCAGAACACGUGGUCGGGGAAUUUGACCAGAGCUUUUUACGGUCGGAAGUUGUCCCGCAUCUGAUGCGAUCACCCUAAAGCGGACAUUCUAGCAUCAUGACGCGCUGAUCGUAGCAUCCGGUGGGUUCGUCCUAGUAACCGCAAUCGAUUAGGCGUUCCAGCAGCGAAAUUCCGUGGUUUAUUUCGUCGAGGAAAUCGUACUGGAUAACCGGUAAAAGCUGUUUCGGGUCGCCUGCCAUUGUUCCGUCACUUUCGCGGCACCAAAGCUUGAGAAAGGGAACAGGUAGCUAAUCUUCUUGGCACUGCCACAGUCGUCUAAGAAAUUGUUACUUAAGUACCUGUUCCACCCAUAGAACCCACCCUAGAACUUGAACAACCGAGCGGCCGCGUUCGAAGUGGCAAUGGUUGUGGGCGGCCUCACUCAGCUGGAACUACUCAAAACUUGUUAUUCGGUUCUUCUCUUUCCCCAGAACCUUCUUGGGAUCCUUUUCGAUAAAGCUAUUCUUGAGCAGUUCUAUAACGUGAUACACCAACCCCGGAAGAAACCUUCGCGACAACUCGAUCUACUCUACCGUCGUUUUUCUCGGGAGCAUCAACUAAUCCCCCAUAAUCUAGACCAUUCCGGGAAAAAAGUUUUGCCAGCAAAGCCAGUUUUUCUGAAGCAAAUAUCCCGCGAAUUAUCCACGGCUUCCGACAGCUGACUCGCCACAAUCGUUCCCCUUCCUAGCUUCCAAGAGCCAGUCCCGAUAAAUGCCGUACAGAUUGUCGUGUUAAAUCUGGUUAAGCACCUGCAGCCGGUUACGCCAGCCUCAACGAACCGAUCCGCUUUUGAUAAGUUCUAGUUCCGGCAGCAGGAAGCUAGAAUUCUUAGGACAAAAAUGGAUAGUCCUUCGGAACGGUUCCGGAACUUCGUACGGCCUGAGCAGCUCCAACCGUUUUGGUACCUUGUCCUCCAGACAUUCUAAAAUCUCCUUGCAAGCCAAAUGGUCGCUGUUAAAAACGGAAGUGUUUCGGAAGAGGCCGUUAAAGUCAUCGGAGGGAUGCUUUUUGCGCUGUGCGUGUUAUUUGAAUAUAACAUAAUUUCCGUCGUCUUCGCGUCUUGGCCAGGGCACCGGCCAAUGCCGUAAUGAGACCAAAUUCCGGCGUUAGAAACGCCGGGAAAGAAUCUUGAACCUGCGAAUUUUCCAAAAAAAAUGAAUGAGGUUAUGACCAAUGUAAAUAUUUACAUUCAAACAGUGUUGCGAGUUGAUUUAAAUUUAAGCAAAACCCGAGGGGUCUUUCAAUUUACCGUGACUUUUGUCAAUCACGGUGAUUUCACGGGAUUCACGGUGGGACCUGUUUUAACUCAGAUUUUUGCACCGAGUGUCUUGUCGUG